UCAGAGACUGCAGCACGCAGCGCGGCGCCACCUCGGAGAGUCUGCGUGUGGACGCCCCUGGCUCCUCCCACAUGUCAAGUCACAGCGGGGAGCUGUGCAUCCUGAGCGUCUACGGACAAGGGGAGGGCCCUCUGGCGGUGGACGGCCAUGACACCCUCUUUGCCGCGCCAGAACUGGAGGCCUUGAGCUCGCUGUCCGCUGACCACAGCGUGGCCAAGAGCCUGAACUGCAGCGUACGGCUCGUCCGCCUUGAGGAGCUGACUGGACUUCAGGGCUGCCGCAAGGGCCGGCUCGGUGUCUUGUGUGGAAAGGUUAUUCCCAACAAUGCCAAUAUGAUCGUCCACAUGAUGCCUCACUCUGGGGAGAAGCCCUACAAAUGUGACCAAUGCACAAAGUGCUUCAGUCGGACAAGCCACCUGAAGCGCCACCUGAGGACUCACUCUGGGGAGAAGCCCUACAAGUGUGACCAAUGCAAGAUGCGCUUCAGACAGAAAGACCACCUGAAGAACCACAUGAGGACUCACUCUGGGGAGAAGCCCUACAAGUGUGACCAAUGCAAGAUGCGCUUCAGACAGAAAGACCACCUGAAGAACCACAUGAGGACUCACUCCGGGGAGAAGCCCUACAAGUGUGACCAAUGCACGAAGUGCUUCAGUGAGAAAGGCACCCUGAAGAACCACAUGAGGAGUCACUCCGGGGAGAAGCCCUACAAGUGUGACCAAUGCAGUAAGCGCUGCAGUCGGAGAGGUGCCCUAAAUAGCCACAUGAUGAUUCACUCCGGGGAGAAGCCCUACAAGUGUGACCAAUGCACGAAGUGCUUCAGUGUGAAAGGCACCCUGAAGAACCACAUGUGGACUCACUCCGGGGAGAAGCCCUACAAGUGUGACCAAUGCACGAUGCGCUUCAGACGGACAAGCUGCCUGAAGAGCCACAUGAGGACUCACUCCGGGGAGAAGCCCUACAAGUGUGACCAAUGCACGAAGCGCUUCAGACGGACAAGCUACCUGAAGAGCCACAUGAGGACUCACUCCGGGGAGAAGCCCUACAAGUGUGACCAAUGCACGAUGCGCUUCAGUCAGACAAGCCCACUGAAGAACCACCUGAGGACUCACUCCGGCGAGAAGCCCUACAGGUGCGACCAAUGCAAGAAGGGCUUCAGUCAGACAAGCCAACUGAAGAUCCACCUGAGGAUUCACUCCGGGGAGAAGCCCUACAGGUGUGACCAAUGCAAGAAGUGCUUCUGUCAGAAAGGCAACCUGAAGAUCCACCUGAGGACUCACUCUGGGGAGAAGCCCUGCGUUUGUCUGCAGUGCAACGCCAGCUACAGCGACCCAAGCAAUUUGCGUGUGCACAUGCUCAAGCACAGUUUGGCACGGGGUAACGGGACGCUUUGAUUGAGACCUCUGUCUGGUAUUGGUUUAAAUUACUGCUUUUAGUUUUUCUUUUCAUCACGAUUAAACGCUUUCAACUUUU